AUGACAGUUGCCACUGGAGAUCCCACAGAUGAAGCAGCAGCUUUGCCUGGUCAUCCUCAGGACACCUACAACCCAGAAACUGACCAUGAAUGUUGCGAGAGGGUGGUCAUCAACAUCUCGGGACUGCGCUUUGAAACACAGCUCAAGACACUUGCUCAGUUUCCAGAGACCUUGUUAGGAGACCCUAAAAAGAGAAUGAGAUAUUUUGAUCCCCUUCGGAACGAGUAUUUCUUUGAUCGAAACAGACCCAGCUUUGAUGCUAUUUUGUACUACUACCAGUCUGGUGGCAGAUUGAGGAGGCCUGUUAAUGUCCCCUUAGACAUCUUCUCAGAAGAGAUAAGGUUUUAUGAACUUGGGGAGGAAGCUAUGGAGAUGUUUCGGGAGGAUGAAGGUUACAUCAAGGAAGAAGAGCGGCCUUUACCAGAGAAUGAGUUUCAGAGACAAGUGUGGCUGCUGUUUGAGUAUCCAGAAAGCUCUGGGCCAGCCAGGAUUAUAGCAAUUGUCUCUGUCAUGGUCAUUUUGAUCUCAAUUGUAAGCUUCUGCCUGGAAACUUUGCCUGUGUUCCGGGAUGAGAAUGAUGAGAUGCAUGGCAGCAGUAGCAACCCAAGCUCUUACUCCAAUAGCACUAUGGGGUCUCAGCAGCAAACAUCUUUCACAGACCCUUUCUUUAUAGUGGAGACGCUCUGCAUCAUUUGGUUCUCCUUUGAGUUCUUGGUGAGAUUCUUCGCCUGCCCCAGCAAAGCUGGCUUUUUUACCAACAUCAUGAACAUCAUUGACAUUGUAGCCAUCAUCCCCUACUUCAUCACACUUGGAACGGAACUGGCUGAGAAACCAGAAGAUGGCCAACAAGGUCAGCAGGCAAUGUCUCUUGCCAUCCUCCGAGUGAUCCGCCUGGUGAGGGUCUUCAGGAUCUUCAAGCUCUCCAGGCACUCCAAGGGAUUGCAGAUCCUCGGACAGACCCUGAAGGCCAGCAUGAGGGAGCUGGGCCUCUUGAUAUUUUUCCUCUUCAUUGGUGUCAUUCUCUUCUCCAGUGCUGUCUACUUUGCAGAGGCCGACGAGAGCGAUUCUCAGUUUCCCAGCAUCCCUGAUGCUUUUUGGUGGGCCGUGGUUUCCAUGACAACAGUUGGCUAUGGAGACAUGGUCCCCACGACCAUAGGUGGGAAAAUAGUUGGUUCCUUGUGUGCCAUUGCAGGUGUAUUAACAAUUGCCUUACCAGUGCCGGUUAUAGUGUCCAAUUUCAACUACUUCUAUCACCGUGAGACAGAAGGAGAGGAGCAAGCUCAAUACUUGCAAGUCACCAGCUGCCCAAAGAUCCCUUCUUCCCCUGACCUAAAGAAAAGCAGAAGUGCCUCCACUAUUAGUAAGUCUGAUUAUAUGGAGAUACAAGAAGGUGUGAAUAAUAGCAAUGAGGACUUUAGAGAGGAGAACUUGAAAACAGCCAACUGCACCCUAGCUAACACAAACUAUGUUAAUAUAACCAAAAUGCUAACUGAUGUCUAG